GGCAAACACGCGGAUGCCGUGGUAACGGUAUCGCGCCACAUACGUGUUUAUACAUCCUCUUUGCCACGGCCGUUUUUUCUAUGACCGCGAGUCUGAUGCAAUAAUAAAUAUAACACGGCCAUAGAAUAAAACAUAGUGAAUUUUAUCAUCGACGUCAAUAUUUUGAUAAAUACAUUUUUGAUAUAGACUGUAGCACCAGUGUCUUGUCCCUCAAAACCAUUUUGAAAUCUAAAAUUUGAAAAUAGAUCGUGCACACGGCCCAGUUGUUUUUGUGUUCGAUUAGCGCGUUACUAUCGAUAAUUACUUUUUCAUCGCCGAACGAAAGCCUUAAAUUUGCAAAAUGCCCAGAGGCAAAUGGACUAAUCACAAAGGAAGGAGUCGUAGGUUUACAAACCCCGAAGAACUAGAAGAACAGAGAAAACGUGAAGAACAGGAAAGAAGGUGGAAGAAAAAUAACAGAGGCGAUGAUGAAUCGUCUAGCGAAGAAGAAGAAAAACCAGCGACCAAAGGAGACAAGAGUAAUAGUGAAGAUGAAACGGAGAGUGAAAGCGAAUCCGAAGAAGAAUCUGACGAUAAUAAAAAAGGUGUUGCUGGUCUGAUACAAAUCGAAAAUCCAAAUAGGAGACAGUUAAAAGCAAAGAAAUUAGCUACGCUUAAUGAAACCUUAGAUACAGCAGAACCAGCUCAGUUAUCUAGACGUGAAAGAGAAGAAGUUGAAAGACAACGAAAAAAACUGCAUUAUCAAAAACUGCAAGCUGAAGGUAAAACAGAUGAAGCAAGAGCAGAUUUAGCAAGAUUAGCAAUUAUUAAACAACAACGUGCUGAAGCUGCAAAAAAGAGGGAGGAUGAGAAAAAAGAAAAAGAGAUGGCCAAAAUUCAAAAAUCAGCUGAGAUGCAAAAAGCGCUCGGAAAAUAGAGCAAAUUUAUAUUAUGGACUGAUAUGUAAUACUGGAAUACACAGAACCUGUGCCGCAUAAAUAUGAACUGUAUGAACGAGUGAAGCAACAUGACCUCUUACUGUGUUUGGUAACUAUGUCCAAAGCUUUUCCUCCUUUCAAUAGUUGCUUGUCAUUAAUCAAAUAUUCAUCUAAUUCUGCAUCGGAUUUGCUCAGUACGUCAGAAACUUGUGUAACACUGCUGCACAAUUUAUCGUCCCAAGUAUUUUCAGUUAUCUAUACAAAAAUAUAUAUUUAUGUUUGAUAUUGAUUACACAUUUUUAUAAUCAUUUGAAAUUAUGUAAAAUAUAACUAUUACAUUGUUUCAAAUUUUAAAUAUAAUAUAUUAAUAUCAUUGAUAAUAAAUUCUAUAGUAUUUUUAAUCAAUGAUACAAUUUUGAUGACUCAAAUAAAAACUGUUAGAGAAUACAUGAAAUUAA